CUGUAAUUUUCGAGAGAGCGCUGCAGCGCGCGCUGUUUUCGGUUGCCAUUAAAAAAUAUAAUUAAGGAAACGUCGAUAUUUCUUUUAAACCUGCAAAGUUGCGGCAUUUUGCAAAGGAACCGAAAAAAUUAGUUGUUGCGGUGUGUUUUUGUUUUAAAACAAAUAUGAAUACUAGUGACGAUUUAUAUUGUGUUUAAAUAAAUAUAUAACUUGAUUUAGUUAAUAUUUAAACUUGUUGUUUUCCGCAAGUGGGCGCGUUUCGUUACUUAGCCGCUUUUCGAUUUUCGGUUUUUUUCGCUUUUCCUGUGAGUGAAACGGGUUUUCCAACGAAGCCUUGCGGCCUUUUUCCUCUCCAGCAGGAAAGACAAGGCUGAAAAACUAAAUUAAAGCGACAGGCUUUUGCGGCAAAUUAAUCGAUGUGCGGAACAGACUUUUAAUUUGCAGAUUCAUCAUCGAUUUUUCCUUCGAGCUCAGCUGCAGUGCGCUAGUGUUGGUGUACGCGUAUGUGUGUGAUUGUGAGUCCUGGCAAUACAAAUAAACCGUUGAGUUAGGUAAACGGAACAACAAAAGGUUGUGUACAAGAGAGAGCGAGAGGGAGGAAGGACGAACGGACGGGUCCUUGGAUGAUCGCUCAUUCACUCCAUUUUUCCAACGGCAGCUGUCUCGAAAAUUCGCGCGUGUGUGUGUGCGUGUGUGGGAGAGAGAAAACACCGGUGAUAAUUUCUCUCCCUUUCGCAGUGUUUGUGCAUUCAAUUUGCAUUGAAUUGAAGCCGCUUGCUAAAUUCGCAAGUUUCCGUCCGCGAAUUGCCAUCCAUUUUUGCACUCCCCCCAAGAGAGCGAGAGCAAUAAUAGAAUUAUCAGGCAGCGCCAAAGAAAUAAAUAAAUAAAACAAAAACGAAAAAGAGAAUGCCCUGGGAGGCCGUAUUGCCGCGACCCUCUGACAUUUCCAUCGUCGCCCACCAAAGGAAUAACAACUAAAAAAAAAAAAAAAAAAAAAAACAACCAAAGCAAACCGACAAACAAACAAACAAAAGAGCGAACGAGCGAAUCAACGAACAAAACUCCAGCAGCCUCAACCGCUGGCACAGUUUUCCUCCUUCAACUUCAACUCCGUGGUGGACUAGUGCGCUGCCAUGUCCGCCACUCUCUUCGAGAUGGCAUCGCAACCGGAGCAACAGGACCAAGUGGCUUGCCUGGAGGAGCAGCAGCUGAUUGCGGGGAUGACCAGUCUGGAACUGAGUGAAUCCGUUGUGACCCCGGGCAACUGCGAUGGCAGUGACAGUGGACUCGAUGUGGCCAGUUGCUGCCUCUCGCGGGUCACCUUGCAACGCGGACUGAGCAGCACCAGUGGAGGCUACACCAGCAGCAACGGACUGGAGGAGAUCUACGACAGCUGCGAACUGAAGGUCACUACGGUGACCCAGAAUCCCAGUGAAACGGGCAGUGAAACCAAAUCGCCGCCAAGAAGAACGGGUUCGGUGAAGAAAAAAGUGGCCAUGUUCGAACCGGAAUUGCCAGGAACUCCUGCCAAGGAUCAAUUACGCGGCAGAGUGGCCAAUCUGAAGAGAGCAGAGAGCCUGCCCAGAAAUAGUUUAGGGCCACCCAAUCCCUCAACUCCGCGGGAUAAGUCACGCCUCUCGACCUCCUCCUCCUUCCGAGUGCCCAGUUCCACGACCACGCCCACUUCCGCCCGAUUGGCACGCCCCCAGAAACCGGAUACGCUGCCCAAUGCCCUGAAUCGCGCCCAGUCUGUCCAGCGACUCGCCCAGGUGCAAAGGACACCCUCUUUGAGCAGAGCCAGGACACCGGGAACUCCUUCGGAUGACGGUCGUUGGCCGGCGAAUCGGGGAGCCGCCCGUCGCGGGAUGUCAGUGACCCCGGAGGUGACGGCGAAUCGGAUGAGGGGAAGUCCUGCGCCCGGAGGAACCCUUCCGCGUCGCAGGAAGCAGCAGUCGGUGGAGGAUUUAACCGGAGGUCGCUUGUCCCGGAGCAACAGCAUCAGUCGAGCAGCGGUGGUGGAUCCCCGCAUGACUUCCUCGGUGAUGGUGGUGCCCACAAGUCGCAGGAGCUUGGCUCCAGCCACCGCCAAGGUGAACUCCCUGAGGAGACCACAAACGGCGACUCCAAGGACACGAAUCUAUCACGAGACUGCUGUGCAAACGGCGCUGACAAGCGAGGAUUUGGAGCAGGUUUUGGGUGGAGGUCUACUGCAAACGAGAGCCUUGGAUGCCGUGGAGCAGCGGAAUCAGAGCACCCAGGCGGAACCCGACCAGAGGGACAGCGAACUGGAGCAGCUGCGUCAGGAGGUUCGUCAGCUGAGUGGAAAGCUGCAGAGGGAGCGGGAGGAGAAGCUGGCGAUGCAGCAGGAGCUCCAUCUGAACACCGAGCGGGUGAUGGGAAUGCUGGAGUUGGCGCGAGUGGUCAGUGCCAGUGCGGGAACACCAACCUCGGAGGACAGUGGCGAUGGCAGUGGUCACGAUAGUCUGCUGAUGCUGGAAUCCCAGAUCCAAAUGAGUGGACAUGAGCUGUUCGAGCGGCAGCAGGAGAUUGGCCAACUGAGAGCCAUGUGUCGUGCAUUGCAACUGGAGAUGCGCAGAUCCUUGGCCACUCAGCAGGUUCUCCUGCAGGAGAAGGCGGCCAUCGAACAGGAGUCCAGUGAGCUGCAGGACUUCCUGCAGCACGAGAAGGCUGCUCAGUGCGAUGCUCUGAGGGAUCUGGAGGCGGAUUACCAGGCGGUCAAGACUCAGCUGGCUAAUCGGGAGGAGGAGGCCAAGGUUUUGCGGGAUGAGUGCAGGCAUCUCGUUCGCUUGAAUGAACAGCGCCGCCAGGAGAAUCGCCUGCUGCAGACCAAGUUCUCCGCUCUGGAAACAAAGUCCAGGGAGCUGAUCCACCAGCAGAAUGCCUCGGUGGCAGGAGCAUCCACUGCCCUGUCGGGAUUGCAUUCCCGUUUGGAUGGGUUGGUGGAGCAGCUGGUCUACUCCUACAGUAUUUCAGAGCAGGAUCUGGAGGACAUUCGCUUCCAAGCGGAAUCGGAGCAGGUUCAGAAUGGCCAGCGACCCAAUGGCCUGGAUCUGCCCAUUUGUCCGGCUGCCAGUGGCGAUGCCAUCCACACCUUGGUCCUGGCCAGCGAUGGAUCCCUGUCGCCCCAGCGCAAUCAGUCCUUCAUAGCCGCAGUCAUCGGUGCCAUUCGCCAGGCGACCACCCAUUCCGGCAAGAGAUUAUCGCUGCGCCAGGCGGGAAAGAAGAACGGAGUGGGUUCGGGGUCCACUCAAGCAGUGAGCACAGGAGCCACGGGUCAGGAAACCCAGGGAAAUGGAGACGAUUCCGAUUCAACGGAAAUGCUGGACUCUGAGACGGAACCCUGCCUCCUGAUGAUGGACAACGUGCUGGAGGAUGUGGUGCACCACGAUUCGCAUUCGCACAACAUGGUUUCCUCCUGCACGGGAAUGAUCUCCCAGAUCGAACUGCCCACGGAAUUGAUUAGCCAGUGCAGCCAUCAGAAUAAUAUCAAUGGAGAUGAUUCCCUGCAGCAAUUGUCACAGGCCAUCACCAAUCGCCAGCAAAUGGAGAUGCACAUGCACAAGAUGAAUGGCAUGCCCAUGAAUAUCCGAGAUCAAUGCAAAACGGAGGAGCUGAGUUGCCAUGAUUCAUUGGCUGAAUUGGCGGAAUUGCCUUCCCUAAUGGAGUACAGUACCGCCCAGGCUGUGGUGGAUCAGGUGAUCGAGGUGGACACUUUGGUGACCAAAUUGCUCAAGGUCCUGCGACUGGUUCAGCUGGACAACGACAACUGCAUACAGCAAUUGAUUGUUGAUAAAAACAAACUGCAGCAGCACAAGGAGGACAUGCUGGAGAAACUAAAAGACUUGGAGGACGUCAACCUGAAGCUGCAGGACGAACUCAUGGAUGCCACCCAGGAGCUGAUGAUCAAGGGCAGCGAUCUCAGCGGAGCCAAAGCCGAAAUGCAGCGACAUCGCAACGAAAUCGACCGUUUAAACGAGGACAUCUGCACACUGAGCACCCUUUGCAGCAGCUACAAGAAGCUGUCGCCCACUACGGAGUUUCCGCCCAUGCGACUGCUGUCCCCGAACCAGGAUUCCGAGCAGGGCGAUGUCCUGGGAAUCCUUAACUUGCUCAAGAUGUGGCAGGCGGGUGGGCAGCUGAAGGAUCCGCGGGUCAGUGGAUACCUGCAAACAGUCAGUGGGAGUCAGGUUCCAACUACCCAUCAGGAUAACAACAAUGUCGAGCGCCUUAGGAUCUACGCCAAUCAAUUGGAGCACGUCUCUCGUGUCCUGGACGAAGGACUUCCCGUGGAGUUGCAUGCCCCGCUGAAGCAGUUGCGGCAGGACAUCGAGGUGGUCAGGACGAAUGCCAACUGGACGCAACUGCUUGAAUUUAACGAAACGGAUCACAAUGCCAACGGCGACGUGUCCACGCCUUGAAUUGUGUCAAAAACUGUUGUUAAUUGUCUAGUUAACUAUUAGAUCUUGAGCGUUGUUUACUUUUACGUAGUUAGUUACAAAUGUUUGCGUCCAAUUCAAAAAGCGAAACGUCGCACGAAGGCAGUUCUAAAUGUUUUAACCACGUCCAAAGGAAAAAACGUAUUUUAAUGAAACCAUGCAUUCCAUUCAAUCGACCAGACUUCGAAAUCCAUUGCACAAGUGAUCUAGUAAUGAAUUUCAGUUCGCAUUUGCAUUUACCUUAUAUAGCAUACCUUGAAGCACUUAAAAUUUCUAUACUGCAUACUUUUCGUCUGAGAAACUAUUUCUGUAGCCCUGAUUCUAAAGUUAAUGGGUUAACAAGUAUUUGGUCCCAAGUAUUACGAACAAUUCCUAGAAUUAAACUAUUCCUAGAGCUAAGUUAAACUUUGUUGAUUAGCACACUUCAGAAAGAAAAGCUCCAUCAUGCCACAUAUGUAUUUUUGCCAAUCACAAAGCCGAACAAAUAUAGAUUUGUUCAAAGAAGCGAACAUUUGCUUAUGAGAUAUCGCCACAAAAUAUCCUUCAGGAUAUGGCACGCCUCAAAUUGAAUUCCUUGCCGCAUUG